AUGAAUUCAACUACACCUAUUGUACCACAGGAAUUAUUAGAUAACCUAGAAACAUUAUCAGUUGGGAAAGUUUGCCUUAUUGGAAAAGAAUUAUCACAAGAUUUAUUUCGUAAAAUUCCCAUUUUUUUAAGAUGCUUCAAAGAUAAUUUGGACAAGAAAACAUAUUUGCCACCAGAAUUUGAUAUGCUUUUGAAUUCAUGUAAUUUGAUUUUGCAAAAAAUCGUUGAAUGCCGUAUUAUUAUUGAUAAAAAAUUAAACCAAACUGCUGAGAUAUGUCCGGAGACUUUUAUAAAACAAUUUACAACAGGAAAAUGUCCAACUUAUAGGAAGUCAAGUACAUUAAUUGAAAAAGAACAGGAAUUUAACAAGAAUCGUAUUAAAUUAAUAAAACUGAGUAAUGCUUUAAAGUGGAUUGACUGGCAGGAUACAGUUAUUGAUCCAAGGAAUCUAAAGAAACCUCAAGCACCUCUAGUGGUUCCUAAAUGA